UUGGCACAGGCCCUGGCUGUGGCUCACCAAUUUUCCAACCCUACAUAACCUGCGCAUUUAUCAACAAUCAGCAGCUCCUCCUCCUCACCACCCACACAGGCUCAUACCCUAUCACUUCCAUUUCCUACGCCACCCAAACCCUAAUCCUAAGCCCACCCUCCAUGUCCAACUGCACCUCCAUGCAACCCUCUUCCUCCAACUUCGGCCUUGACUGGGCCUCCCCAUUUCAGCUCGGCCCAUCAACUUUCAUCCUCUUGUCCUGCCAGUCCCCCACCUCUUCCCUCACCCUCAAACCCUCCGGCAUCCCCGUCUGUGAUCCCUCCUACUCUUACCUUUGUGCUUCUAUAUAUACGUGUCCAUCCGUCGUAGGUCUUGGCCUCCCCUUGUUCCCCCCAACAAACACAUGCUGUGUGUAUUCACCAGGGAAUCUUGAUGCUAAGGGUGAGUUGGACCUCCACGGGUUAAAGUGUGCCUCAUUUACAUCCGUGGUGUCUCUCGGAGACUACCCGACGGACCCUGUGUGGUGGGAGUAUGGGGUGGCGUUGAAGUACAGUCACGGUGGUUUGGACAGUGGCAUUGUGGAUACAAAGUGCAAGAGCUGUGAGAUGAGUGAUGGGGUUUGUGGGUAUAGGGUUGAUGAUCAGGAUCAGUUUCUUUGUGUGUGUAAGAAUGGCUACAACACCUCAUCAGAUUGCUAUAAUAAUUACACUCCGGAUUCGGAACUGCUUUGGGGCUCCGGCGCCUGUGAUGAUCAUUUACCAGUUGCUAUUUGGAAAAUGUGGUCUGCGCUUGUGGCUGGCUUGAUGAUCAUAAUGGCUUGAGAGAGAGAUGGUUUUUGCUUGGAAAUGCUUCUUUUGAUUUGAUCUGUGUAAGCUGUAACAGGACUUGGAAAAACUUAAGUUUUCUGACCGAAAACUGAGAUUUGAUUUGUUUGGAAAUUGUCGUUUUUCAAAUCUCAACAAUCCGUUUGAUAACUAUUUUA